AUGUCUUCGACGAGCCCAGGAGGCACUGUGCAGAGAUACCUCUAUCAAGACCUCGACGUCUCAUACAUGAGCAUCGUGAUCAUUAUUUGUUUCUUCAUCUCCGGCCUCAUCGACAGCGUGGCGUUCAACUCGUGGAGUUGCUUUGUCGACAUGCAAACUGGCAACACUGUCUUCGCAGCACUUGGACUCGGUGGACAACCCAAAGCAAAUCACUCACAACAAUAUUACAAAUCUCUCACCUCCAUCGGGGCUUUUUGUCUCGGCACCCUGUUCUUCAACACGCUACACCGUUACCCGACCGGACUGUCGGAGCAACCAUCGUCGCGGCGGCGCAGCAUCCUGAUCAUCUCGUUCAGCAUUCAAACUGCGUUCAUCAUCGUCGCAACAGUCCUGGUGUCUUUGGACCAGGUCUCGAACCAGCCCUUCUUACCUGGCCACUUCUCCUCCGGAAGCGACAGCAAAGCCAAUCCACCGGAAAUCACCAACUUCCUGGAUCUCUGUCCCGUGUCGCUUCUCUCAUUUCAGGCUGCGGGGCAAGUCACGCUGUCACGGCUUCUGGGGGUGGUCGAGUUGCCUACAAUCGUCCUCAGCGCAUUGUACCAUGACUUUACCGCUGACUUGCUCGCCCUCCGGACCUCGUGGAGAAAGAGUGUGAGCGUUUGGGAGUUCCUGGCGGUGCAGCAACGCAGACAGGAGAAAAGGUUCGCUUGUAUCAUUGCCCUCUUCGUCGGAGGUAUCAUUGGUGGCGAACUAUACAAGUCCAGGGCAGGCAUGGCUGGGGCCUUGUGGAUCGCUGCGGGCUUUAAGCUGGCUAUUGUCCUAGCUUGGUGUUUCUGGCGCGGAGAAGUGGGUAGUGAUGAACAUGAUGAGACGCUUCCAUGA